ACUCUUCAACUCUAAAUGUUGAUCGGAGGUCGGAAUUCAUGAAACGUGGUAGUUUUUUCAUGUUAUGAUUUGACAAACACAUUUGGUUCAGGUGAUCUUUAUGUGAACAUGAACCUGUCACAUGUCGGCUUUCUGUAGUAAAGAACUGAGUUUAGUAGACUUCGGUGAGCAUACUUUACUCCCACAUUCAAGCAGGAGAUUUGGGAUCUUGAACUCUGCUUUUCUUUGCUCCAACAUGCAAGCCGUAGAUUUAGGAUUUCGAACUCUGCUGCACCUUAACGGAGAAUUGUAUAUAAGUCAUUCUAUCUGCAAGGAAAAUUCCACGUUUGUCACUGAAGCCUUUCUUCCUGUUCUGCUGCUGUUUAACAGCUUGCGCAUCGUCGGCUUUUUUGAACAGAGCUUUGAAUAGGUACUGUGCAGGUUGUCCGUUGAGCGGAGGAGAUUUGUGGAGAAAUGAAAAUCGAGAGGGGGUUGCCGCGGUUGGUGAAGCCAGCUGAUAGAAGCAAUGCGGUACCGAAGGUGGUGCCGUUAAGCAGUUCGGAUUUGGUGGUGGCCAGGGUGCACGUCGGAGUGAUAUAUGCAUACAAGGCCAGCAAGGGGGUCAGCUUUGAUCACGUCGUGCAGGUGUUAGAAGGGGCGUUGGGGCGGGUGCUAACCGAGUACAGAGAGUGGGCUGGACGCCUCAUGAUUGACGAGACAGGCAGACCUGCCAUUGAGCUGAAUGACGACGGAGUAGUGUUUGUGGAAGCGGUGGCGGACGGGUGCUUGCAAGAUGUUUUCCCGUUUGAUCCCUCGCCGUUGCUUCAAAGUAUGGUACCUCCUAGUCGUGGUGUACCAGAGCUUCUGCUUGUUCAGGUCACCAAGUUUAAGUGUGGUGGAUUGACGUUGGGUGUUGCAAGAUAUCACCAAGUUGCCGACGGAACGGGGGCUAGCCAAUUCAUGAACGCGUGGGCGUCUGCGUGCAAAGGGCUUCCGUUGUCAUCCAUACGCCAUGAUCGUGCAGCUCUGAUGCCGAGGGACCAGCCAACGCCAACAUUCGACCAUAUCGAAUAUGUCAUCCCCCUGCCUAAGCCUGAUGCUGAGGUCACAUCUAACAACCGUCCCGUCGCUACAAAGAAAAUACGCUUUAGUUUCGACAUGGUUAAGAAAAUUCAGUCGAAAGCCGUUAAAGAGAACGACGAGCGCGGCUUCCCCACCUACUCCACCUUCGAGAGCCUGACUGGGCACUUAUGGCGGUGUAUUACGAAGGCGCGUGGAUUGAGCGGUGACAUCGAGACACGGACUACCAUCAUCUGCGAUGUGAGGCGCCGACUGACCCCCUCAAUCUCAGAAGAUUAUUACGGCAAUGCUAUCUUCCGCAGUUGCGCUCGGACCCUUGUGACACAAUUGACGGAGGAACCCCUCUCGUACGCUGCAGGUGUUGUACACGCUUCCAUCAAAAGACUUGAUAACGAUUACAUCCGAUCAGCAAUCGACUACAUCGAGCACCGGCGCCAGAAUACUGCUUCCUUUGGUAGACCCUUGAGCACGGUAUUAAGCCCUGACCUGAAGGUCACGUCUUGGUUACAGAUGCCGCUCUACAAAUUGGACUUCGGAUGGGGCACGCCUGUGUAUGCCGGCCCUUCCUACGUCCCUUUUGAAGGUCUCAUCAUUCUCAACACUUCUCACACUCAAGAUGGCAGUGUUGAUGCCAUCCUCACAUUGUUCGAGGACGACAUGGCCAAGUUCGAAAACAUCUGCUUUGAAGUUCCGAAUUAGGGUUUCACAAAUAUGGACAUGCAAACAGAAAGAUCAUUGUGCAGUUUUGUAGAAAACUGCACAAUACUCAACAUAACUCGGUGUAAGAUAGCUUUGCAGGAAAUGCAAUAUAUUCAACUGAUGCCUCUUACUGGAUGAACAGAAACCCCGUAUUGCUCCACUGAAUUAUUUUAAUAUACCCUUCACCUAGUCAAAUGGCUUAUAUAUAUA